UCGGCGCUGGUCUGCCGGAGUUUCAGUGGACGCGCGCGCGACCCUCCUGCAGCGCAAGGAAGUUGGAAUAUUCAGCUUAUUUCCCUGAAUCAUCAUCAGACACGAGUGUUGAGUUCAUCAGAACAGACGAAUCUACAGCCGACAUGAAGAGCAUCUGCUGUGUUGUAGUGCUGUGUUCGCUUCUGUGUCGGAUAUCCGCAGCUUCAGAGUCCAUCUGUGAGCCGGAGGAUGUUUCCGGAAACAGCAACGACUGGAUCGUCCUGCAGGAAAAACCUCUGGGAUGCUGGACCGACUUCCAGACGGAGAACGGGACAGAAGUGCACAUCAUCAGCCUGGAGGAUACCUCAUUGUUUAUGGUGAAUCUGACGAUGGCGAACAAGUCUGUGGUGAUCUUCACAUCCUCCAGUGCACAACCCAGCCACGCCAUGCUUCAAGAUAACCCAGCUGUCAGCAUUUAUGUAACCAACGGGACUUUAUUAACGUUUAUCCACCAGACCCAAAAGCCUCUGCAGAUUCUCACAGCGCCACCUGCAGGCAAUGUUUCUGCAGUGCUGCAAUGGGCAGAGGAAACGUUUGGCGGAGUCACAUCCAUCACCACCGCACGAAGCCCAAAGACCAUCACAUUCACUGGGGUCAAAGGCUCUCAGAACUCAUCCAGAUGUGAACUGAAGCCAGAAACACCAGCAGAAAAACCCUUCAUUCAUUUAGAGCUGAACGAACCCACUGGAGCACUAAAGUCCUGCUAUAUAAAGCACGAAGGAGUAAAACUGCACAUCAUCAACAUUCCUGAUGACGUCACGAUCAGGCAUGUCUCUGUGCAUCUGCUCUGUGACUGUAAUGUAGUCCUGCGAGGUCCAGCAGGCACCCAGUGGAUCAUCAAAAACAGCCUCAAAAUGGGGAUUCUGAGCAACAAUCAGAUCCACGUAAACAGUUUUCCAGUGUCUCCGAGGAUUGCGAUCUCUGAUAAUCCCACAGACAUCACGCAGAAAGCGCUAUCGUAUUUCAGCAGCAUCUCCAUCAGCAGCUACUCGGAGAUCCAUCUCAAUGUGACACACGUAGAGGUGUGGAUCACAGACAAAAGCAGCCUCGCAGCUCCAGCAGAAGUGGAGAAAACCACUCCAGCGCCCACGUCUCCUCCUCCGUUUCCCGUUCAGAUGCAACUUUUCUCAUCUCCAGAUUUCACAACACCUAUAGAUAACAACAGCAGAGUCCAGAGCGACAAGAGGGUGUAUGCGGAGAUCUCCAGCCAGAUGUUUCAAGAGGCCAGCAUCAAAGUCAGCAGCUGCUGGGUUCGAUCCACGCCAGUAACCAGAGAAAUGCCGUUCAAAGAAGAGCCGUGUUUUAUCAAAGACUGUCCCAAAAGACUCAGCUUCUCCUUCCAGAUCCUCCAGGAUCUGCCGGCCGGCUCCUGGGACCUCGAAUGUGCUGUAAAACUCUGCGGCAUCAAAAGGAUAAACAAUGAGGAGAGUUGUACACUCGAAACACCAGUGAAGAGGAACGUGCAGGUCAAGCCAUUUACACCAACCACAAAUUCGUGUUUUGAGUUUGGACUCUCGGCUGUUCUGGGAAUCGCGUUCGGAGGAUUUCUGAUCGGAGUUCUGCUCACCGGUGCUUUAUGGUUCAUUAAGAUACGCACAGGACAUCCCGUGGCUCUGGGAAUGAGAUCAACAGCAGCUGAGCUCUCAGUCCUCUCCAUAUCCGGAUGCCCGUGUGGUCUGACCAAACGCCAGCCAGUGCCCACCCACCCAUCUCCAUCCGAGAACAGCAGCGCCAACGCCAGCAUCGGCAGCACCCAGAGCACACCCACCAGCAGCAUGGCAUAACCCCCCCAAAACCCACCAGCAGCAUGGCAUGACCCCCCCAAACCCGCCAGCAGCAUGGCAUAACCUCAUCCCGUCCUGAACCGGAGAAACCAGAAACCUCAAACCUGAGUUUCACAUGUUGUCUGCAGUGUGUGUGCGGUUCUGAUGCAGUCAAUAGCCCCUUUCACACAGCGAUAUCGGAAAAUAUCCGGGAAAAUUACAGGAGCGACUUUACUUUAAAUUCAAGCAUGUGCUCUUCACACAGGCAAGGACACUCCGGAUUUUCUCUGGAAAGAACCAUUCACACAUCCACUUCAAAAUACCGGUUCAAGAGUUCACACUUAGCUCAAGAUAUAUACAUAGCUUGUUUGGUAUGCUGUCCUGGGAGAGAGCCCUGAGCUCAAGGCAUCCUUUUUAUAGUUGUAGACUCGUGUUAACCUGUGUCUACAAAGUCACACAAAAGCUGAGAUUUUCCAGUGUGUGGUACAUUCCGAGUCACUCCCGGUGUGUGGUGCAUUCCGAGUCACUCCCGGUGUGUGGUGCAUUCUGAGUCACUCCCGGUGUGUGGUACAUUCCGAGUCACUCCCGGUGUGUGGUGCAUUCUGAGUCACUCCCGGUGUGUGGUACAUUCCGAGUCACUCCCGGUGUGUGGUGCAUUCUGAGUCACUCCCGGUGUGUGGUACAUUCCGAGUCACUCCCGGUGUGUGGUGCAUUCUGAGUCACUCCCGGUGUAGUACAUUCCGAGUCACUCCCGGUGUGUGGUGCAUUCCGAGUCACCCCCGGUGUGUGGUACAUUCCGAGUCACUCCCGGUGUGUGGUGCAUUCUGAGUCACUCCCGGUGUGUGGUACAUUCCGAGUCACUCCCGGUGUGUGGUGCAUUCCGAGUCACUCCUGGUGUGUGGUGCAUUCUGAGUCACUCUCAGUGUGUGGUGCAUUCCGAGUCACUCCCGGUGUGUGGUGCAUUCCGAGUCACUCCUGGUGUGUGGUGCAUUCUGAGUCACUCUCAGUGUGUGGUGCAUUCUGAGUCACUCCCGGUGUGUGGUACAUUCCGAGUCACUCCCGGUGUGUGGUGCAUUCCGAGUCACUCCCGGUGUGUGGUGCAUUCCGAGUCACUCCCGGUGUGUGGUACAUUCCGAGUCACUCCCGGUGUGUGGUGCAUUCCGAGUCACUCCCGGUGUGUGGUGCAUUCCCUUUCCAUAAAGAAUCUGUCAUUGUAAAUGUGUUUCGGGGCUGGUAAAAGUGUUUUGCGUCCUGUUAUUUUUUUCUAAAAUGUAAAUUUAUUUCGUCCUUGGUAAAAUCGUUUAAUUGUGUCUUCUGAUAGGUGAAAAUGUUUUUCAAAAUGUAAAUUUGUCUCCAGCUUUGUAAAAGUUUCU